GGCCAGCCAGCUUCCUUUCGCUUCCGCAGAAGCUCCGGCACGCGGACAUGCCGGCCCACCACGCGACAAGCUGGCCUGGGCGGCGGCCCUCGUGGCAGGCUAUAACCUAGACUAUUCCCGUCCGUCACAGCUCCUUCUGCCUCUCCUUCGCUCGCACUACCGGCUAAACUGUCACUCUUUUACAUCUUCCCCUUAGCCACCAGCAGCAACAAUGAAGUUCUUCCAGUCCGGUAUGGCCCUCGCGGCCUUUGCCGCCGUCGCCAGCGCCCAGAAGCAGCAGUCCUACGACUACGUCAUCGUGGGCGGUGGCACUGCCGGCUCUGCUCUGGCCACGCGCCUGAGCCAGGGUCUCCCCAACGCCAGCAUCCUCCUCGUCGAGGCCGGCCCUUCGGCCCUCGAGGACCUGAGGAUCAACGUCCCCGGCAUGCGCGGUGCCAUCCUGGGAUCCGAGCUCGACUGGAACUUCACCACCGUCGCUCAGACCAGCCUAGAGGGCCGCUCCAUCGGCGUCAACCGCGGCAAGGUCCUCGGCGGCUCGUCCGCCAUGAACUACCUGUGCUACAAUCGCGCGUCGGCGCCCGAGUACGAGGCCUGGGCCGAGCUCGGCAACGAGGGCUGGGGCUGGGACGCCAUGAAGGGCGGCAUGACCAGGUCGGAGAACUUCACGGGUGUCGAUAACGACCUCCACGGUCGCGAUGGUCCCAUCCGCAACCUGUACAACAGGGUCAGCUACCCCGUCAUCGACAUGUGGACGGAGACGUCGGCCAACGCCGGCUUUCUGGUCACCGAGCGCAGCAGCAUGGGCGGCGACAACAUCGGCAUGACCUUCCAGCCCACCAACAUCCACAACGAGAAGAAGACGCGCUCGUACUCGGCCAACAGCUACCUGCCCCUUGCCGGCCCCAACCUCGAGGUUGUCACCAGCACCCAGGUCGAGAAGGUCAACCUGGUCGGCUGCAAGGCAGGCCGGUUCAGGGCCAGCGGCAUUACCCUGCCAGGAGGCAAGGUCAUCAAGGCCGCGCGCGAGGUCAUCCUCUCGGCCGGUGCCGUCCAGAGCCCGGGGCUGCUCGAGCUCUCCGGCGUGGGCCAGCCCGAGGUCCUCAAGGCCGCGGGCGUCACGCCCCUCGUCGACCUCCCCGGCGUCGGCGAGAACUACCAGGACCACAUCCGCGUGUCCAACACCUACGAGCUCAAGGACGACGUCGACUCGUUCGACAACCUCAUCUUCGACAACCAGGGCAAGAACGCCACGGGCGAGCUGCAGAAGUGGCUCUCAGGCGAGCGCUCGCUCUACGAGUUCACCUCAAAGGCCUACGGCUUCCUGACCUGGGAGCAGCUCGGCGUCGCCGACAAGAUGAAGGCCGCCGCCGCCGCCUCGGCCAAGGACCACGUCGUCGACAAGAAGAAGCUCGAGUACCUCGGAAACUCCCGCGUGCCCUCGGUCGAGUACAUCCUCGACCCCAACUACGUCGGCGCCUUCGGCUACAAGGGCGGCAAGUACGUCACCAUCUUCAGCACCGUCAUGCACCCCAUGUCGCGCGGCAGCGUGCACAUCGACCCCAAGGACCCCAAGGGCAAGCCCACCAUCGACCCCAAGUACCUCGACAACCAGUACGACGUGCAGGGCCUGAUCGAGGGCGCCAAGACCGCCCGCAAGCUCGCCGCCACCGAGCCGCUCGCCUCGGCCCUCAAGGCCGAGACGGAGCCCGGCCCGGCCGUGCAGACGGAGGAGCAGUGGGCCGACUUUGUCCGCAAGGCCGCCAACAGCUUCUUCCACCCCUCGGGCACCGUCGCCAUGCUGCCCCGCAAGGACGGCGGCGUCGUCGACGCCGACCUGCGCGUCUACGGCACCACCAACCUGCGCGUCGUCGACAACAGCGUCAUCCCCAUCGUGCCCUCGGCCCACAUCCAGACGACCGCCUACGGCAUCGCCGAGGUGGCCGCCGCCAGGAUCAUUGCCGCCGCCAAGCGCUAAGCAGACAAUAUUUUUGCCCUUGCCCCUGCUGUCUAUCGGCCUCCUUUCCUUGUGCCUGCUGUUUGUUGAUGCCCCUCCUUACCCGAGGGUGACAUGCGGAAUGCUUUUGCGUGCUUAUUUGCGUGUUCUUUUUGGUGGCCAACUGGAGCGUUCUCUUCGAAUUUGUACACAUACCCCUAGACGCGUGAUGUCCUACGCCCUUGCCAUCUAUACCUAUCUAGUCACAUUCGCAUUUACUUAAUGCAAGCAUUUUUGUGUCUGC